AUGACGACGUCGACUACGUUAACGGUUGAAGCGCACGAAGGCAUUCUUUCCUUGCCGAUUCCACCGCAGAAAAUCGUGCCUCAUGAUUAUCCUUCAGUACCAACCCGGUCGAUUGAAUUGCAACGAAUUUCGGGCGGUGGUACGCUUGAAAACCACUGUGAUAAUCAAACGGAUCCGACAACGGAACAGUCGAACAUUCCUCCUCGAGACUCAGUAUUCGAUCAAAAGCAAACUUUGUGGAAACCUUAUAUGAACAGGUUUCGUGUAAUAGGAUGUUGUUUAACCGGUUUCGCGAAUGGGAUGAAUGAUUCUGCUCCUGGGGCUUUGAUUUCGAGUAUUGAGACACACUACGGCAUCGGAUACGGAACAGUAUCUACGAUUUUCAUCUGCAAUGCUCUCGGUUUUAUUGCUGCAGCGACGUUCGUCAACGGGCUGGCUACCAGAAUUGGACGUGGAAAAACGCUGAUUAUCUCGGAGAGCCUUUUAAUACUCGCUUACACGAUUCUUGCAAUUACACCUCCUUUUCCCGUCGUUGCGCUUUCAUUCUUCAUCUCAGGCAUAGGCAUGGCAAUAAAUCUCGCAAUAAGCCAAGUAUUCUGCGCCUCUCUCGCAAACAACACCGCCAUAAUCGGCGUCUACCAAGGCGCCUAUGGAAUCGGUGGUGUCGUAUCGCCCUUGAUAGCUACACUCAUGAUAUCAAACGGCUGGAUUUGGUCGCGCUUUUAUAUCCUAGAAUUGGGUCUCGCGAGUUUCAAUCUCUUCUUCGCUUCCUGGUCAUUCUGGAAUUAUGAGAAAGAGUGUGAGAUAGCACUACCAGCUCCUACCAGCGAUGAGAAUAUAAGUCGUCAGCACAGUUCGAAGAAUCUAGGUCGGAGAUGGAAGUCGUUCAAGACGCUUUUGAAGAACAAACCUACGUUGCUCGGAUCAGCCUUCAUUUUCGUGUAUCAAGGCGCCGAAGUUGCGAUUUCCGGGUGGAUCAUUUCAUUUUUGGUACAGUUUCGGCAUAGUGAUCCGAGUAAAGUCGGGUAUGUGACUUCGGGUUUCUGGGGCGGGAUUACACUAGGUCGCUUCACACUAUCCUUCCUAGCCCACCGCAUCGGCGAACGCACCUUUGUCCUUAUUGCCACAUUCGGCGCACUCAUUCUCGAGCUCACAAUUUGGUUCAUCCCCUCCAUCCCCGGCGCCUCCGUCUUCGUCGCGCUCUCCGGCUUCCUCCUCGGUCCCAUCUAUCCCUGUGCCGUCCACGUCCUCCAGAAACUCAUCCAACCUGAGAUGUUAAUCUCCUCGCUUUCUGUAAUCGGCUCGUUGGGUAGUUCAGGCGGUGCGGUGGCGCCGUUCGUGACGGGCAUUCUAGCUCAGAGUGUGGGCACUUUUGUACUGCAUCCUGUCUGUAUUGGACUUUUUGUGGCGAUGGGGGUGAGUUGGUGGGUUUUGCCGAGGGUGGAGAAGAGGGAUGAGUAG